GCUGUUGCAGUGUAAAUCGUAAACAUUGAGAGCUUUUUAAUGUACUUUAUUGCAGAUUAAUUAGUUAUUCCCAAUAUAUAUUGAAAUGACGAGAAAUUGUAGCAUUUUUGAAACUGUUAUUCUAUAUACAUUUUCUUUGUGGUAUUUAAUAAAUGAAUGGCUUGGCCGAUUGUUUUGGAUGAAGUCUGGCUUGUCGGGCCAAGUUUUCCUAAGGUGUGAAGGGAGAACUGCACUUGUAACUGGUGGAACAAGUGGUAUUGGAUUUGAAACAGUAAAAAAACUCCUUUCUUUUGGAAUGAAUGUAAUUAUAGCUUCUAAUGUAUCUGCUCAAGAAAGUGAAAAAUGCGUGCAGCAAUUAAGAAUCUUAUAUCCUAAAAGCAAAGUGGAAGUGUGGUAUGUUGAUCUGUCUUCCUUGGAAUCUGUAAAAGCAUUAGCUGAAAAAUACUUACUCUCUGGCCUACCACUGCAUGUACUUAUUAAUAACGCUGGUAUAAUGUUUUCCCCUUAUCAGAAGUCAGCUGAUGGAUUGGAAAUGCACAUGGCAGUCAAUUACUUUUCCCAUUGCCUGCUGACAAAGCUCUUGUUGCCACGGCUAAAGCAAUCUGGAAAUUCAAAGUGUAAAGCAAGAGUUGUAAACGUCGCAUCGUGUUUGCACUAUCUUUCCGAAAUUGAUUUUCAUGAUCUAAAUAGUGUGCAACGCUAUUGUCGUUAUCACAGCUACAUGCAAUCCAAACUGUGUCUAGUCAUGUUUACUCUGUCUCUGAAUCAGUUCCUUCGAAGCAGCGGCUGUGAAGUGAUAGCACAUUGUGUUCAUCCUGGUGUGAUAUAUUCUAAUUUAUACAAGCAUGUUUGGUGGGCCUCAAUUCUAGGACCUUUAUUUUUUCAGAAGCCAGAUAAAGGUGCUGAGGUAACUGUGUAUGCUGCUUUGUCGGCUAAUCUUGAAAAUGAAGGUGGUAGAUAUAUUGAAGAGUGUCGUCCUGUGAAACCAAGCAGAUAUGCUAGAGAUUAUCAACUCCAGACCAGAUUGUGGAAUGAAACUUUUAAAACUUUAUUACCAUGGUUAGAUGAACCAGAUGAUCUCCAGCCAGAGUGUUAAGCAUUGGAACUUUCAACUACAAAAUCCAAAAUGCUGCGAGUUUGUAUGAUGACUGAAAGUAUUGAAACAUUCCUGGUAAACAAAAAGGUGCAACAUGUAGUGUGUAAGAUAUUACAUGACAUUUAAAAAAAAUAUUGUUUAGCAAAAUUGUUAAGUUGUUCGUUUUUAUUGGAGAAAAUACAAAGUAACUGAACUUUUGUUUGCUCGAAAUAAGCGCACAUAGAAUGUAAUUUUCUUCAUGUGUUUAGAUCGUAUUAUAAUUUUUUUCUUCAUUUCUUAACUUUGUGUUUUCUUGAAGAAAUUCGAGUUCAAUAAUACAAGUAGGUUAAUUUGAGGCAAUGGGGUGCUCUUUCCUGAAUAUAUAUUUCCAUAAGCAAUAAACAAUUGAAAAGUAGCUGAGUUUGAAUUGAAAUGAAAUCCUUUGUUCUUUCUUUGCUUUGAUAGAUGUUUUUCUUUUUCGGAUCUGUUAAAUGGGCAUUUUCUCGAAUAAAGGUCAAAAUUUAGUUUUAUGCUAUUGAAAACAUUUUCCUCUUAUUUCGCUUAAAUAAUAUUUAAAAUACGUAUGAAUUAAUUUUUUUUUAAACUUUUUAUUUUCAGAAGACUAUAUGAAGCAUGUAGCUGAAAAAUAGGUAUCUCCAAUUCAAAUUUAUUCACAAUUGCUUUACAUUUUUCAGUUUUUUUUAAUGGCAAAACUGAGGUUGGCCAACUACCAGAGACAGUCAGAGAGUUUAGAAAUGGCCUCUUUAAUAAUUAAAACAAAACAGGAAAAGUUAUUGUAGCUCAUAUCUUUUUGUAGCGGCAAAUAUAUGAAUUUUUUUUUGGAGAUGCCUACUUUUGCAAACAUAUGUUUAAUCUUUUAUGCUUAAUGUUAAAGCAAUUCACUGCUAAGAAAAAUGAUUGUAAGUUAAUUCACUUACAACUUUUCAAAUGUGGUGCUAAAACCAAUAUAUGUCAUAUAAUCAUCUUUCACAUUGAAUUAUUGAGCUCUAACCAUUCAGCUGACAAAACCUUUGCAACAAAUGUGUUUUGUAUCGUGUUCUUCAUUUUGUUAACAGUAUAUUGUUCUUUUUUGUUAAAACUUCUUUUUCCAAUAACAAAAUGAUUUUUUAAAAAUCUUUUUCAUCUGCUUUUAUAAAAUUAAACGUUUGAACGUAAUUUGUGGUAGAAAUCUGGUAUUUAUAAAUGAGGUGGUGGUAAUUUGGGAUACCAUUUGAUUUUGAGGGUGCCGAAACUAAAGUAAUAGCCGGAUUCAGUUUUUAAUUUAUAGAUGUGGUGGUGUAAUAUGAAAUAUUGCUUUGAGUCAGCUGAAACUCAAGUAAUAACUGGGUUCAAUUUCAAAUUGUUUAAAGUCUGUCACUAGUUUUAUUAUGGUGUAACAACUAAUGU